AUGCAGAUAUAUUCUAUUCAUGUUGACGUUAUUCUGGGAGCAACUCACUUGUACGAUGACCAAGAUUACAAACUAGUGACAAAAUUCGAGAAGGUUGUCUACGAGUUCCAGCAUGAUAUUGUGUUAGGCAAACUGGUUGCACCAGUUGAGUUUAACCAAUACAUUGCACCGAUUAAACUGCCGAGAUCAACUGAUUACCUUGAAGGAGGAGCUUCUGUGUGGUUCAGUGGAUGGGGUUAUGUAUCUGACCAUGCUGAAUAUGUCAAUGAACUCAGGUUCCUUGAAUUGACUACGCUUGAUCAGGAACAAUGCAGCCCUAUCCCUAAUUAUUACGUGUGCACUGAUGGCAAUGAUGGAAAGUGCCCAUCGUUGGGUGGUGAUGAAGGUGGGGCACUUGUACAGAUCGUCGAUGGUGAAUGGACUCAUAUGGGUGUGAUGAGAUCUACUCAGUAUGAUGACUGUUCUAGAGGUGGACCCACUCGAUACACACGCACUCCUCCGAUGGUUGAUUUUAUUUACGCUACUGUUGGACCCAUCAACAAUUCAAAUUGA